CUCUUUCUAAUAUAAUGUACGGAAAGAGCUAGGUUAUGUUACUGCUAUCUAUCUAAAGAAUCCUUAUCUGCAACUACCUACAACCAACCCUGUUUUACUUGAAAUUCCAACCCAGAAAGCUUCCUCUUGCAUUCCCACACUAGGUAGGUACUUAAUAACCAAUAAUGGCUCCAGCCACCGUAACCAUCGCGAACGGAGCAAGCUGGCAGGAAGUAGCCGCAGAUCGGCAACGACACCGGGACGCCACCAUUGCGGAGGUCUCACCACCCGUGCCUGACUUCCAACCACAAGACAUCCCCGCCAACGUUACCGAUAUCCCCGCGAAAGUGUUAACUGAGGCCGAGAUUGCGAUCACCAACACAAAUGCCGAGGACCUGGUCAAGAAGCUAGCCACGGGCGAAUGGAGCGCGACGGCCGUCGCCAAUGCCUUCUUGCGCCGCGCAGCGCUGGCCCAGAAGCUUACGAAUUGCAUCACAGAGCUGCUGCCCAAGCGAGCGCUAGAAAGAGCAGCGGAACUCGACAAGUACCUGGCUACGCACGGCAAGCCGAUGGGUCCGUUACACGGCGUCCCCAUCAGCGUAAAGGAGCACAUCGGCAUAAAGGGCGAAGAUCUCAAUGCGGGCUAUGUGGCGUGGGUUGGCCGGGUGGCUGAGGACGAUGCCUUGGUCGUGCAGUACUUGUGCGAGGCGGGCGCGGUGAUCUACGCGAGGACAACGCAGCCGCAGAGUUUGAUGCAGAUCGAGACGAACACUAAUCUGUAUGGUGUCACCGUAAAUCCUCGCAACACGACGCUGACCCCCGGGGGUUCAUCGGGCGGAGAGGGCGCACUCAUCGGACUUCGCGGCUCCGUUCUUGGGAUUGGCACUGACAUCGGCGGAUCAAUCCGAAACCCGGCCGCGCUGAACGGCCUCUUCGGCUUCAAGCCAACGACCCAGCGUAUUCCAUACGCCGGAUGGGGUGUUGCGAGGACUAGCGGAGAGACCGUCUCCGGAGCUGUGGGACCUUUGUCAACUAGUCUCGAGGGCUUGAAUCUCUUCACCAAGGCGGUCUUGGACCAGAAGCCCUGGCUGAGACAGCCGAGCCUCGUCUCCAUGGACUGGCGAGAUCCGGCGCAGUUCUUCCCAAAUAGGAAACUGAGGGUUGGUGUCUUGUACAACGAUGGUGUGGUCAGACCUCACCCCCCUAUUCUAAGAGCGAUUACGGAGCUAGCCGAAAAGCUGAAGGGAAGCCCCAAUAUAGAUGUGGUGGAGUGGAAGCCCUGGAAACACGAUUUGUCGUGGUCUAUCAUAGCAAACAUAUACUUCUGCGACGGUGGCGCCGACGUGAAAGCUACGAUCGAGGCAUCGGGAGAGCCGUGGCGUCCACUGACGAACUUCAUUCUGAAUGACAACCCGCACGUCAAAGAACACUCGAUCUCGACUCUCUGGGACGCGAUGGACGCGCGUGACGCCUACCGCGAUAAAUACGCACAGCUCUGGAACGAGACGGCCGACGGAAAUAACGCGCCUCUCGACAUCAUCCUGUGCCCCGCCGGCCCGGGCGUUGCGCCCAAGAUCGACCAGAGCAAGUACUGGGGCUACACCUCGCACUGGAAUCUGCUGGACUACCCGGGCGUCGUCUUCCCAGUGGCGGACGCGGUGGGCGCGGGCGAGAGGGAGGCGCCGUUCGAGUAUCCCGAAGGCUACCAGCCAGUGAGCGAGAGUGAUAAGCUCGUGUAUGAACAGUGGAAGGAGCAUGGGGCCAAGGGGUACAAGGACGCGCCGAUUUCGCUGCAGGCUGUGGCUAGGAGAUUCGACGACGAGAAACUGCUCAGAGCGGUGCAAAUCCUACUCGAGGAGGCUGGCUUGCCGGUUACUGUUCCGGCUUAAAUGGUGGCCUUUUUCGGGGUUCGGAUGAUAUGUCAGUUGUUCGGAGGUUACGGAGAUGGGCGAGAGGUGGAUGCGUAUGGAUAUCCAAUUAAUAGCCUACGGUGCUCUCAAUUUUUACCGAUUCGACCUGGCCUUGAAAUGGCGGACUGUAUUUCAGAUGUAUA